UUUUGACGGAUGGUAUAUUUACAUUGUGUCUUAUGGCAAUGGUGGACGACUUGUAGGGAUUUUGAUUGCAGUUGUCUCUUGAGUUCGAAAAUGCCACCAGUGACAGCAACCACAGAAGAGAAAAAGGAUGCAGGGGAAGCAACACUUUCAAAACCAACUAUUGGUAUUAUUUAUCCCCCUCCUGAGGUCCGGAAUAUUGUCGAUAAAACAGCAAGCUUUGUCGCUAGAAAUGGUCCCGAGUUUCAGACAAGAAUCAGACAGAAUGAACAGAGCAACCCUAAAUUCAACUUUUUGAACACUGGAGACCCUUAUCAUGCAUAUUAUCAACAUAAAGUAAAGGAAUUUAAAGAAAAUGAUGGCAAGAUCCCAGAGCCAACAAUCCAACCUCUCAUGUCCAUUCAGACAAACAAGUUAAAGCCGACUGUUUCAGCACCCCAAGUGACCAUCAUUGAACCUGAGAUUCCCAAAGAACCUCCACCUGAAUAUGAAUUUCUUGCUGAUCCUCCAAGUAUAUCUUCAUUAGAUUUAGAUAUUGUCAAGCUCACAGCUCAAUUUGUUGCAAGAAAUGGUCGACAGUUUCUAACAAAUUUAAUGAAUCGUGAACAGAGGAAUUAUCAGUUUGACUUUCUGCGACCACAGCAUAGCCUUUUCAAUUAUUUUACAAAGUUGGUAGAACAGUACACUAAGGUGUUAAUACCUCCUGGAAACAUUAAAAACCGAUUAAAAGAAAAGAUAGAUAAUCCAUUCAAGAUUCUUGACAGUGUCAACUAUCGAGUGCGCUGGGCUAGACACCAGGAACAAGAAAAGCAGAAGGUUGAAGAUGCUAAAGAAAAAGAGAGAGUGUCAUUUGCUCAGAUUGACUGGCAUGAUUUUGUUGUUGUUGAGACAGUGGAUUUUAAAGAAAAUGAAACUGGUAACUUGCCACCCCCAGUAACUUUGGAACAACUUGGUGCAAGAAUUCUUGCUCAAGAAAGGGCUGGAAAGACCAAGGAUAGUGAUAAAGAUGGCAAGGAGAGAGAUGAUGAAUUUGACAUGAUGGAUAUUGAAAUGGAAGAUGAAGAUGAUGGACAACCACCACCUCCUGGAAAGGAAGCACCGAGAGCUCCUUCUCCUCCACAUCCACAAGAACCUCCACCUCCACAACCUCCUCUUCCACCAAUGGCACCUGGUACCAACAUACAGAUUAGAAAAGACUAUGAUCCAAAACAAACUCGAGUUCAAGCUGGUCCAACACCUCCUGACAACUUCCUUAUUUCACCGAUAACAGGAGAAAAAGUACCUCGUCACGAAUUUGAUGAACACAUGAAGAUAAGUUUACUGGAUCCAAAAUGGAAAGAACAACGUGACCGAUACGAGGCUGAAAAGAAACAACAAGAAAGUGUAUUUGCUUCUGGUUCAUCCAUGGAAAGUAAUUUGAAACAGAUUGCACAAAGGCGAACAGAUAUCUUUGGUGCUGGUGAUGUGGAAACCUUCAUUGGUCAGAAGAUUGGUGAGGAAGAUACAAAACAACCAGAAAAGGUCACAUGGGAUGGUCAUACUGCAUCAAUCACGGCUACUGCUCAAAAGGCUGCAGCCGGAAUCUCCUUAGAAGAGCAAAUCGAACAAAUUCACAAACAGAUUGGCAUGGUUCCUGAUGAGGAAAAAGAAGCCAUUGGGCCAAAGCCAUCAUCGACAAACCCACCACCUCCUCCUCCCAAUCUUCAUCCCCUUCAAGCUUCUCCGAAUCAAUCCAUGAUUAGGCCGCCUCCUCCACCUAACUUCCCACCACAUCCAUCAAUGCAUCAUUCCAUGCCACCUGGUGAACACAGAAAUGCACCGCUACCUCCUCCAAUGCUCAGGUCUCCUGUGCCACCACCACAGAGAUUUAUGGGAAUCCCUCCUCCUCCAAUGCAAGCCCCACCUUUUAUUCGGCCAGAUAUCCAGGCUGCACCACCAGUUAUGCGACCUGAUGAACCUCCAGCCAAGAAGUCAAAGGUUGAUACUGGUCCAGAGGCCAAUCUUAUACCAGAAAAUUUGUUUCUUCAACGGCACCAGGGAUCUGUUCGAUUUCAAGUUCAGGUUCCAGAAAUUCCUGAUAAAACUGAAUGGAAAUGUAAUGGACAAAAGAUCUUCUUGACUAUACCAUGGACUGAUCCAGUGUCUGUGAUUAAGGCAAAACUACAUGAAGAAAUAGGGAUGCCUGCUGGAAAACAAAAACUUCAAUUGGAAAGUAUGUUCAUCAAAGAUUCCAAUACUCUUGCAUAUUACAAUUUCCUACCAUCCAGUGUGGUACAAUUGCAAGUGAAAGAACGUGGUGGCAGAAAGAAAUAGACAUUUCUCUAAAGAAAUGUGCAAUGUUAAAAUGCAGAAGGUAUUUGCUUUAAACCUGUCAUGAAAAAUGUAAAAAUUGUAUUGCUUAAGUACAAAAUUUUGUUCCUCUUUGCUAAGAAUAUAUUUAUAUGCAAUUCAUAUGUAUGCCCACUAUUGAGUUUAUAUUAAUUAAUAUCAAUAUCAUAAGCUAAAUCUUACAUGUUUUUGUAUCCAAUAGUUCAAAAUUUCUGUACGUGGCUAUGAAAACUGCCAUUACUGUCUGGUAAUUUACAAGUAAUACUUAGAUUGAUGAGGUUCUGAACUAUUUAAAUAGUAAUUCACAUUUAAUUUGGUCAUUUGUAUACACAUAACUGACAUGACAAUGGUUCAAUCUUUUCCCACCAUUAAAUCAAUGACCUUAUGCGAAGGA